CCCAGUAGCCCAGUUCAGAUAUUUCAUUUAACUAAAAUUGACGUAGUUACUUAUAACUGAAACACGUAACCUUUAUCAAGGAUCAAGGCAGCGUAAAUGUUCCAUUGCCAUACGAGUCGUGUUAAGCUGCAUAGAGAGGAAAUGGCCGCACUGACCACCAGAAUCAUCAAGGAGACGCAGCGCCUCCUGGAGGACCCAGUGCCCGGGAUCAGUGCCAUGCCGGAUGAGGGUAAUGCGCGUUACUUCCACGUCCUCGUCACUGGCCCCAUUGACUCGCCUUUCGAGGGCGGAGUUUUCAAAUUGGAAUUGUUUCUACCCGAAGACUAUCCCAUGAAAGCGCCAAAGGUUCGAUUUUUGACAAAGAUUUUCCAUCCAAACAUCGAUCGCUUGGGCCGAAUUUGUCUGGACAUCCUGAAGGAGAAAUGGAGUCCUGCUCUGCAAAUUCGAACCGUUCUUCUUUCGAUCCAGGCCCUCUUGAGUGCUCCCAACCCAGAUGAUCCACUUGUCAACGAUGUGGCGGAGUUGUGGAAGGACAACGAGGCGAGGGCCAUACAACUGGCUAGGGAAUGGACUGUGAAGCAUGCGAUGGGAAGUUAAAUUCAUUCCUUAGUAGCCUAGUUAAGAAGUAAACCUAAUUAAAAAUGAGCAUUGUUUGGCUCUAACAGUC